AUGGAGGGGGUAAAGCAUUUCGUUCUAGUUCAUGGGUUUGGCCAUGGAGCUUGGUGUUGGUACAAGCUUAUAAACUUGCUGAAAUUGGGUGGUCACCGUGUCACUGCAUUAGAUCUCGGUGCAUGUGGGAUUCACCCCCAGCAGAUUAAAAGGAUUGCUUCGGCACACGACUACUUGCAGCCAUUGAUGGACUUCAUGGCCUCUCUUCCUCAAUAUGAUAGGGUGGUUUUAGUAGGUCACAGUUAUGGUGGCCUUUGUAUUUCUCUGGCCAUGGAGACCUUCCCGGAGAAGAUCUUAGUAGCUGUUUUCAUCACUGCCUACAUGCCGGAUUGUACCCAUCCGCCGGCGACUCUCAUACAAGAGUUCUUCAAGAAAAUCUCCAUAGAGUCUCUUAUGGAUUGCCGAUUUUCAUUUGAUCAAGGCCAGCAAAAUCUGCCAACUUCGUCGCUCGUAGGUCCCGAGUAUACGGCAACUAAGGACCUAGAAUUAGCCAAGAUGUUGGUGAGGCCGAAUGGGUUAUUCUUGGAGGACAUGGGCAAGGAAUCCUUGCUUACAGAGGAGAAAUAUGGAUCGAUCAGUAGGGUUUAUGUGGUGUGUAAAGAAGAUGAAGUUAUGGAGGAAGAAUUCCAGAGAUAUGUGAUUGAGACCUGA